AUGGUCAACCUGAAGCCUGGCUCAGACUCAUAUGCAUACGAAAAUCCAUGGCCAAAAUUGAACGGUAGCCGCCUGGAUUGGUUAUUUGGCGAUGGCUGGCGUAGGCCGCUCGCAAAAGAUCAGGGCGCGCAACUGCGUCGCAAUUGGAUUUGGUUUGGCUUAUCGCCAUACGAUGAACACGCUGAUUGGUUGAAAUUCCAUAAAUAUAUGUUUGUCCUGCUGACGCUCAUGGUUACUUGGGUCACAUUGUAUUUACAAUAUGGUGCACCGGACUGGCCGCUGGCGAGAGAUUGGGCAUACCGGGAAGCACAUCUGGAAAUGGCUCGGCGAGAAAAGGCUGGCUUGCCUUAUAUCAGUAAAGAUCUAGUUCGACCCGAUAAAAUUGUUCUGCCGUCCGAUGAGGAGCUCCAGAAUUUCGAGAUUAUCAUUUAA